ACCAUCCCGGAACCUAUCAACUUCCCUAGGUGGUUGAAGGAGAACACGCAUUUGCUCAAGCCUCCUGUCGGCAACCACUGCAUCUACAGCGGCGAAAACUUCACCGUGAUGAUCGUCGGCGGUCCCAACUCUCGAGCCGACUUCCACAUGAACGAGACCGAAGAAUGGUUCUACCAACACAAGGGCCCGAUGGUGCUCAAGAUCGUCGAGAACGGGAAACGUCGGGACAUUAUCAUCGGCGAGGGGGAGAUGUUCCUCUUGCCCGCGAACACGCCGCAUAACCCGUGCAGGUUCGCGGAUACCAUCGGGAUCGUGCUGGAGCAGGUUCGACCGGAGGGCGCGAUCGAUUCCCUCCAAUGGUACUGCCCCAACCCGGUCCACAAGGACCUGACGUAUAUCCGCAAGGAUUCUUUCCGAUGCACCGACCUCGGCACUCAACUCAAGCCGCUCAUCAACGACUGGAUGAACAACACCGAGAGCCGUCGGUGUAAAGAGUGUGGCGAGGUGGCCGCUCCGAAAGAGAGCGGCUGGGCCUCGAAAGAGUCGAGCGACUUGGCCGCGUCCAUGGGACUCGCAUCGACCCCGGCUCCGGCCGCUACCGAGGCGCACCGAGAGAUGCCUACUAAGACGAACGAGGCACCGGUCGAGCCCAAGCCCGUUGAACCCGUCGUGGAGAAGCAACAACCCGCCGUCGUCGAGCCUGCGGUCGCUGCUAACCCCGCUCCCGUCGCUCCUGCCGAGAAGGCUCCCGGCACGUCCGCAGCUCAUCAACCCGCUGCUGCUGCGCCCAAGAAGAAGUCUGGGUUCUUUGCGAUGUGUUGCGGUAACAAGGGUCACGAGAACGCCUAA